CCAAGCAUAAGUUCGUUUUUCAUGUUAUUACAUAUGCACUCAAAGUAGUUCGAUCGUGUCGCAUUUCGUUCUCUUCCGUCACUUAUCAGGUCCUGCUCGAGAAAAGCUGAAGAGCAUUGCGAAUUUCUACAGAAAAUCGGUCAAUCCUUCAGCGGUCUGCGGCCUCACGAGCCAAGCUAUCUUCUUCCGUACAUCACCAAUCACUGACACAUCUACUUUAAGACGCAACCCAGAAACAAUCAUUCUGUAUUUCAAACAAGGCCACUCUUAUAUUCUACUUCAGAUUUCGACCAAACAUACGUGGGCACCAUGGGCAUAGAAGUCACAGAAAAUGUGUCCCUAGGCGCAACGCCCGCCGCUGCACCUCGGCCAGACAAGCCUACGUCGUCAGCACCCAAGCGGAAGAUACAUUUCCUAGACACGCCAAAGGAGAUCCAGGCCUUGGUGAUUAGCUAUAUUAUCCGUCCCACGGACCUCGUCAACGUGUGUCUUACUUGCAAGCAACUGCAUCAAGCGGCUGUCAAGGAGUUGUAUCAUGAAGUCACGCUUGAAGUCGGCUCCCAUGCCGAUACCCGUCUAACCGCCUUCAUCAACCCUCGCAAUAUCGGCCUCCCACAUAUAAAGAAGUUGGAUCUGUACCUAGCUGAUGUUGCAGACAAGUGCAAUCAGGUCAACCAAGCCAAUUUGGCUAUUCGCAUGCUCAUCGAAUUUCUGCCGGAGGACACGCUUGAAAAGUUUUCGUGGCAUCCAUGGACGCCCUUCUCCGCAGACAAUUUGAAGCUGCUAUACAAGAAACAGCGAAAGAUGAAAUGGCUUGAGGGCAUAUCAUUAGAUAGGAACGUCCUGCCCGAACUUGAGAAGGAUCCGGGUUUCGACAGUCUGUUUGAGAAUGUGCGGAAGCUUGGCCUGUACCCGGACUCUCGAGAGGUCCUCGAUAUGUGUGCUGCUUUGGUGAAGCGCUCAAAGAAGCUGGAAAAGAUCACGCUCCAUGCGAGCUUCGAUGACGACACAGACCGACCAACAAUAUCUAGUCGAGAACUCAAUGACUCCAGUACAGCGCCGGGGUUGAUCACUUCAACCUUGUUUGGUCAUCUUAUGCCCUUCGAGACCUGCCAGCCAAUGGCUCUUAAGGAUUUCACGCUGCAAAAAAUUAACCUGCGAUAUGCUGCAGACACAUACUGCCACAUCGUCGACUUCCGCAAUCUCAAGGCAUUGCGAGUUUUUGGUUGCUCAGGGGCUGAUUCCUUGUUUGCUCAAUUAUGCAAAGCGACCAAGUUACCAGAAAAGUUGGAGACGUUGGAAUUCAAACACGACGAUAACCCUGAAAAUGAUGCUCUAUCUGCUUUAGACGGAUUCUUAUGCCUCGUGUCUGGAAUCAAGAUCUUGACGUUGGAUAUCUGCUACGCAAAGCAGCUUCCUGCCUCCGCUGGCAUUGCUCGACACGGCAAGACAUUGCGCGAACUCAUUGUGCACGCUAGUCGGGGAGAUGGUGAGGAGGAAGAGCUUGUAUACGACUUUGAAGACUUUGACAAGAUAUGUCAGAGCUGCAGCAUGCUUGAACAGCUCUCUAUUGCCUUUCCAACAACAAGUCUAAUCAGACCCAAUUCAGACGCAUUUCAGUCUUUCGAGAAUGCACUGGGAAAUCUGCCAAACUUAAUUACCCUGAACAUCACCACAUGGCCUACAAAUACACCGUCGACCUCAAGGCUGCCUAGGAAGACUUAUGAAGUUUUGCUCCAAGCUUUAGCCCAAUCUGGUUUUGAACGCUCGAUGGCAUUUGCAGCGGCGCAAGAUCCCCCGCGCAGCUCUAAGUUAGCGAUAAUCGCUUUCGGUUCAUCUGACAAGGUUUACGAUCGGGAGGAUUCCAAGAACCAGAUCAUCUUCACAAAGGGCAAGCAAAUCGAUGCUUUCGGAAAAGAGAGUCCACUCGCUGUGCAGAUUAGCUGGUGUCUGCGUAAGUACGUUGUGCCGAAGAGCGAUGUCCUCGACUUCAGCCUUGCCAGAAGCGUGCCUCCCCCGACCCGGGAGCCACCACGAAGCGAAGAUAGUGAUGCUCUUUGAUACUCAUCUCAAUUUCACUUUCUCUUAUACAUUAGAGAAGACGACAGGUUACUUUGCAGGUAAGUUAAGGGUUGCUAGAAGGCCAGGCAUAAAAAGUUUCUCGUUGAGCGCAGACUAUCGUUCAUUUAAGUUUUCUUUUUGCACUCCAAGCUGUGUGCGUAGCCACAAGCGACGCGAGAAUUCCGUUAUGUAAAAAGAUACCCAAUUUAUCGAUCUUUUGCAUUGUGCAC